GCUAUUCACAUUCAGUUUGAGCACAACAUAAAAUAAAACAAAACAAAUCUAAUAUCCAGAUACAAUGAGUGAAAAGGCUCAGCAGAAAAAGCACGCAAGCGAUGAGGAGAGCGAAGAGGAGUCCGAUGAGGAGGAGUUGAUAGUAGAGGAGCCCGAGGACCCUUCAGUAAUACGUAUCGGUGUCAUAGCCGAUACAGAGGUAACCCUGGGUCUACUGCUUGCCGGCAUCGGUUAUCAUCGUGAAAACUUUCGCAACUAUCUAAUGGUUGAACAUGGCACCACGCUCGACGAGCUUGAGGAGUUUUUUCAAGCCUUAUACAAACGCCCCAAUAUCGGCAUCAUUCUGCUUGACUAUCCCUCGGCGAAGCGUUUGAAUCAUGUAUUGGACAAGUGCAAAAAAAUGCUGCCCAUUGUGGUCAUCCUGCCUACAAAGGCCUCGAUUAUACCCUAUAUGGAGGAGAAGGAUCGUCAGCGUCGCCAGCGGCAAAGAGAUGCCUAUAUGUAACUAUAAUAAACUCCAGUAUCUGGAUAUCAUGAC